UAUAAAAUAUUUAAGGCCCCAAAGCGAUGUUUUGUAAAUUGCAAUAUGGCGUGCACUUCAUAAAGUUAUUGGGAAGGAAGUCAGAUACUGGGAUCUAUAUAUGAUUAUCAUAGUGUGAUGUAGACGGAUGUGAAUAAUAUAUAUAGGCAUAGAAAUUGUGCUUUUUAUGGGAGAAUUCGUUUUUUCUUUCGGAGGCUAGAUUUCUGAGUUUUUAUUGUUAAAAAAGUCUCCUGGAAUUAUAAGUGUGAUGAAGAUGAUAUACAUUUCUAAGGAGAUUUACUAAUUUCACUUGACUUGAGUUCUAUUUUUAUCAAAAGGGGAAGAUAUUCGUCUUGUUAUUGAUAGAAAAACAUGUCAGCCGGCCAUGAACCAUGUAAUCAUCCGUACUCUGUUCAGGAUUUAGAUGUAUAACAAAUUCGGAAAAAGCUGUUGCCAUUAUUACGCGACAUUUAAAGCAUGUUGUGGUACUGGCUGGCUGCUUGUAACAGGAUUUUGGUUUAUAAUGGAAUGUAUAUGAUGGAAGAAAAUGGUGUUAUAAUUCUAUUAUAGAAUACGUAGUAAAUGGAUAAAUGUUCUUUGCAGAACAUAUGGGACAGAAACGCUGUUGUUAUACGUAUAUAAUGGUUUAUAUGUGACAUAAAAGCUGUUGUUAUAGUUUUUUCUUAUGGAAUAUAUGUGACAGAGGUGAUGUUGUUAUAAUUAAUGGAAUUUAUAUGAUCGAGAAAAUAAUGUUGUUAUAAUUAAUGGAAUUUAUAUUACAGAAUAAAUGUUGUUAUAACUCUCUAUGAAGGAAUAUAUGUGAUGAAAAAAAUGGGAAUUUAACUCUUAUUUUAAUGACGAAAAGAAUAAUGUUAUAAUCUUCUAUAAUGGAAUAAAUGUUGUGGAAAAAUUGUUGUUAUCAUUAAUGGAAUUUAUUUGACAGAAAAAAGUGUUAUUAUAAUUCUUCUUAAAUGAUAUAAUUAUCUGACGGGAAAAAAUCGUGUUUUAACUCUUCAAGGAAAAGGAUGUUGUUAUAAUCUUCUGAAAAAGAAUACAUAUGACAGAAAAAGUGUUAUUAUAAUUCUCCAUAACUUGAUAUAAUUAUGUGAUGAAAAAAAAAAUGUGUUUGAACACUUCAAAGAAAAGAAUGGUGUUAUAAUGGACAUAAACAUUUAUGACAAAGGGAUGAUGUUAUAAAUUCCUGGAAAUAAAUAUGAAAAGGCUCAUUAAAUCGCAGUCCGAAUCUCGGCUGUUUUCCCCCAUCUCUGAAAAGAUGCCAAACAACUCGUUACAGCCUGGAAACAAGAUCUCAAAACGUGAAUCGCUGAAGGAGCAGAAACGUAACUACAGAAGCCAGAAGAAGCAUGCAGCCCGGGAACUGUUGAGUACCCUCAACGACCCGUCGGUGAUUGUACUAGCUGACUGGCUUAAGGUGCGGGGGACAUUAAAGUCAUGGACGAAACUGUGGUGCGUGCUGAAACCGGGACUCCUCAUUCUGUAUAAGAGCGAGAAACAGAAGAGUAACCACUGGGUUGGAACAGUUUUGCUGAACACUUGUCGACUGAUUGAGAGACCCUCGAAGAAAGAUGGCUUCUGUUUUAAAAUAUUCCAUCCCCUGGAUCAGUCCAUUUGGGCUACAAAGGGUCCGAAAGGGGAGACAAUCGGUGCCAUAGUCCAGCCACUUCCUUAUUCAUACCUCAUCUUCCGAGCACCAUCAGAGGCUGCAGGCAAGUGCUGGAUGGAUGCUCUCGAAUUGUCGUUACGAUGUACAAACCUGCUCAUGAAAUCGAUGAAGAAAGACAGCACGGGGAGUAUGGAAGGGGUUGAGCUUGCUGUCGAUAAUGAGAUGUCCGACUCCUCCCUCCCACCCUGCCCGCCCGAUCAGGAGCCCGCGGAUAGCAUGGAUGAGAGCGAUUGUGAAAAACACUUUGCCGGACAGGGUCUGGAAGACGACUACAAGUCUGAUCGUGAUGAUGCGUCAGAGUCGAGUGUAAGUGAGGAGGAAGAUGACCGUGUGUUUGAUGAGGUUGUGCGAGGCCAGACAUCGGGUAAACCGGCGGAAACUCCGUACGUCGUCAACAUGGUUGAGGAAAUGGGUCAGCAGGGGGAUGCCUGUCAGACAGAAGAAGUGGACGAGGAAAACAAGAGCAUCAUCUGGACUCUCCUGAAACAGGUUCGACCGGGUAUGGACCUCUCCAAAGUUGUAUUACCCACGUUUAUUCUGGAGCCUAGAUCCUUCCUCGACAAAUUGUCCGAUUACUAUUACCACUGCGAUAUUCUGUCAGAGGCUGUUUUACAAGAGGACCCAUACAAAAGAAUGAAGUCAGUUGUUAAGUGGUAUCUAUCUGGAUUCUACAAGAAACCAAAGGGACUUAAGAAGCCAUACAAUCCAAUAAUUGGUGAGACGUUCCGAUGUUACUGGGACCAUCCGCAGACACAGAGUCGAACAUUCUACAUCGCCGAGCAGCUUUCCCACCAUCCACCAAUAACAGGGUUCUACGUGACAAACAGGAAAGAUGGGUUUAACAUCAGCGGGAGCAUCCUGGCAAAGUCAAAGUUCUAUGGCAAUUCGUUGUCUGCUAUCCUGGAUGGCACAGCUAAACUAACAUUUCUCAAGCGAGGUGAAGACUACUACAUCACGAUGCCAUACGCCCAUUGUAAAGGUAUUCUGAUAGGGACUCUUACCAUGGAGAUGGGUGGCAAAGUCACUAUUUCUUGCCCCAAGACAGGCUACCAUUGUGAUUUGGAUUUCAAACUAAAGCCAUUUCUUGGGAUUGGCGAAGCAUCGAACAAGAUCCAUGGAAAGAUAAAGAUGGGAGGAGACACUCUGGCCAGUCUGGAUGGACACUGGGACAGGGAUAUUUACAUCAAGGACAAAACCACUGGGGAGUCCUCCUUGUUUUUUUCCCCAACACCAGAUAUACGUGCCAAAAGGCUGAAGCGAUACACAGUGCCAAUAGAAUUACAGGGCGAUAUGGAAUCCGAGAGGAUGUGGAAAAAAGUGAGCGAUGCAGUAAUUACACAGGACAUGCACGCCGCCACACAGGAGAAGUUUGUGCUUGAGGAACGUCAGAGACAAGAGGCCAAAGAACGCAAGGCUCAGCUGUUGACCUGGGUUCCCAGACUGUUUGAGAGGGACUCGAUAUCUCAGGAUUGGAUUUACAAACAUAUAGAUAUGCGACCUUGGGACAUAACAAACGACAAACUCCAGUACGAAUCUGAAUACAUGAUCACCACGUGGACCAAACACAAAAUGCCUGUAGUACGAACAUUAAGCAUUACAAGUCUAGAACAGAGCAAAUCUGAGAAAUCGCCUACCAUGGUCUCGUCCAGACACUCGGUUCGGCAGAUCCAGAGGCCGUCAGUGAAAAGGUUAAAGGUCGUUGGGGAGGAAAGUGGGAGCUCUUGCGCUGAACUGGACCAAAAACUUGACAGUGACUCGUCGGAACCACCCCACAGAAAGAGAGUUGCAAGAUCAGCCUCCAACACCAAAGCAACUAAAAUCUCCGAAGACUCGCUCGUAAAACUCCUAGAACCCAUUAUUGAAAUCCAGAAAGAGACAGUAUCCCUAACUCGGUCCCUUCAACGUCAACUAGGGAGUGUACAGCGCCACCUAGAUGAGCAUGCCCAGCAGAGAUUCCGGGAGCAGACGCAACAGUGGCUUAUUCUUGGACUGGUUUUACUCUGUCAGACUGUGCUCCAAUGGGCACUAAGAUGAUUAACUGGUUUAUGUUGAAUGUAUGGACUGGUUUAUAUGUUGGGUAAUUAGCUAGAAUGGUUUAGAAUUUUACUGUGUCAGAUUGUCCCACAGUGGGUACAUUGAUGACAGACUGGUUUAGGUGAAGGUGAUGGAUUGAGAUAUUUAUUUAGCUAGACUGGUUUACAAUAAAAUAAAAAUAACUGGUUUAAAAUCAUUCAAAUUUAAACUGUAAGAUCAGAGCAAUCUAGAGAAGCUUGUUCAAAUAUUUUUUUCAACUAGUUUUGGAAAAGAUCAUCACAUGUUUGAUAUUUGUUUAAAUGGGGUAAUACUUUGAACUUGUGUAUUUACUGUCAGUUGAAGAUAUUGUUUUGUUUGUUAUUGUUGAAUAUUACUUUGAAUUUACAAUGUUGCUUGCCUUAUUCAUCCACUAAGUGGAUAAGUGAAAGGUUCAUUUUGUCAGAUUGUUACCAUGUUAAAAAAAACAUUUAUCUUUUUGAAAGAAAAUACUUUUAUAUGAAGAUAAUAUCUUUGAUGUACAUGUAAUGUGGCAAAUAUGUUUACAAUGCUAAAAUUUUCAUCCAGUAUACUCACGCUUUCAAUAAUGUGUAAAUUGAUGUUUAUGAAAUGGGGAAAACAUUUUAAGUAAAAAAAAAAAAAAAGACAGGAAUUGAUCUGACAGAAUGAGGCUUAAGUUGAGUUUAAACUUACUAGUUUUACAAUGAUUGUGAAACAAGUUAUAAUAACAUUAUAUCAAUUACUCCCAUUGGCACGAUUUUACGCGAGAGUGUGUUUUUGUGUUGUGGGGGAACUGGAUUACCUGGAGGAAACCCACUUGUCUGGCUUGGUGACCACUAACCAAACUCACAUACAGGGUCGAAUCUGGUUCACCUUGGUGAGAAGCGAGUGAGCUAACCACUGGGCUAGCUGGACAACCAAAGGCUUUAUGAAAUGAAUGUGAAAGGAAACUGAUCUUUUUGUUUAGGCAUUGACAAUAAUAGAUCAUACCAUUUUACAAUCAGAUUUAGUGCAAUAUAUUGCUUCAAUUGAUAUUCAUUGUAUACAUAUGUGUUCAUGUGUCUCGGACCAACUAGGCUGUAAUGCCCCGUCUUAUUUACAUGUAUUUUACACAUAUUGCAAUUCAUAGUCAAUUUUUUUAUUCAACGAUUCUAAUCAGGCCAAAAACAAUAAUGGUUUGUUUCUGGUUUUACUUCCAAAAGAAUAUAGGGUAGUUGAGUCGGUUGAAAAUAAAGGAGUCAAAUUUUAUAUAUUCAAGUAUAAGGGGGGCGUGUCCUACUUGUGCCUGUGUCUGGUUCAAGUUUUUCAGCAAGCAGGGAUUUUUAGUCAAAUCCCAAAAACCAGUCGUUCAAUUGACUUCAUACUUCACCAAAUGUUAAGGGCCAUUAGAAAAUAAGACAACUCUAUAUGAUCAUAAAUACAAACAAUGGCCCUUGAUUAAAAAAAAGAGUCUAUGGUUUUUGGGGGGGAAGCUGUUUUGUACAUGUACCAUGUUGUUCCGGACAACAUUCAAUAAAUCACAUAGGUUAUAAGUGAACAAUCUGCACUGUAGUGUAGUUAUAGAAAGGUAACGCCCAUUCUACAUGUUACGCUUUCGAAAUGGGAUUUAAUGUGUAGAUGAAAUCACAGCAACACUCAAACAUAGUACAAAAGCUGUUUAGAAAAUUGAAAUGAAACUUAAUGUACUUGUUCACAAUUGCAAUUCUUAUGAGUGGCUUGGUCAAGUGUGUGCAAACAUUGGAGCAUUUGUAUUAACUUGCUGUGCUCAGAUUACACAAGGUAAAUGCCUUACUUGCAUAGUAUAAUGUUAGCUAGUCAGAGACGGGUUGUAGUUGUCAUUAAUCAGUUCAAUUUUGUGUUCAAAACUAGUUCGUAUUUGUGUCAUAAGUUUUUACUAUAUGGUUGUGUCGGCAGUGGGGUCGGCUAAGUCUCAUGUUUGUUAUAGAACUGUUCAUUAGAUUGGGAGAUGGUUAUUUAAUAUACAAGCAGAAAAAAUAAACAGUGCAUAUACAUGGUACGAAAUUUGUCUAAAAUAUUGUCAUGUCUUUCGGUGAUUGUGUGUUGUUGACAUCAGUUACAUGACAGAAGGUAUUACUGUAAUUCCGAGCAGUACCUUCGCAAAGUAUGUGACAAAUUUCAAAAUUAAGUCAUCUUUAAAAAUUGUUGUGUUAGGGGUUAUCUAAGAAUUGGUCUAUUUUUGAAUGCACAGUUUCUUUCUUCUGCUUGUAUAUUUAACAUUACAUGUUAUAGAACGGUACUGUUGAUUCCUAAAUAUGCUGGCUUAAAGUGGUAAUCUUAUUUAAAAUCAAAUACAGAAGGCGUGCAUAAGCAUGUGUCACAAAUGAUUUACUUUGGGUAAAAAUACACAAUAUUAAGCUAAAUUAAUGGGGUUUUUACUAACUAUUAUUAUAUUACUGCCUCUGUGGCCUAGUGGUUUGGGCAUCGGCCUAAGGAGUGGACGGUCAAAGGUUUUAGCCCAAGUUGAGGAUUGUUCUGAUAUGGGUAGGUUGGAGACUAGCAUUUAGUUAAAUAAUGGGUACCCAGUGCCUCCCUGCUUGACGCUCGGCAUUUAGGAUAGGAAUCCAGAUUUAUGUAUUUAUCAAUCAAGGUGUUUCAUGUUAAGCGAAAUGGCCCUUAAUUGAGAGGGCUGAUGAUAUUAAAUAAAGAAGCACUUUACUUUGUACAAGUUCAUUUUGCAGCACCGUUGGCAGCCAUGGUACGUUGAUACAAAGAAGUGUCAUAAGUUGGGAUGUCUGUCGAUGGUUUUGCAAUCUAUUUUUGGUACCUUGUGUCCAAUAUUGUUAUUUUACAUUCUUCAUUUCUGCUGUUAAAGAUUAAUUAGUUAUGAAAAAUAUCACCCAGGCCCCGUUUCAUUCAUGGUCACAUCGCAAAAUUAGACUGCGACGUAGCAAAAUCGCCGAUCGCAUCACAAAAUGCAUUUCAUAAAAAAUCGCAAUAAGCAACUUAUGGUCGCAAACUCAGUCACAUUUCUUGCGACUUGCAACUUUGCUGGAUUUGCAAGUGACCAUUAAUGAAUGGGGCUCUGGUUAUGCAGAUGAAAACUCUCUGUAUCAGAGAUGAUUGAUAUUUGUGAGGUAAUUGAGGGUAAGUGCAUGUUAACAUUGUGUAAAAAAAAUUGACAUAGCUCUUGUUAUGUACAGUAAAUUCUUUCCACUAGCAUACAGGUACUUGAAUAAAACCUGGGCUUUGAACAGUCUCAAGUCUGAGUUCAGACUCAAGUGGCAAUACUGCACAUCUUCAUUCUUCUACGGGUAUUCGAAACUUUUCAUAUUUAUUUUGUAAAACAAAUGGAAUAAAGAUGUUUCUUUGUAAUUUAAUAAAAGUGCUUUCCUAAGUCUAGACUUGGAUCUGAUACUGUUAAUAAUCACAGCCUAAAUCCCCAAUUUCUCAAAAUUUCCUAGGUAGGUAAUUUCAGUAAGCCUUAAUGCAUACUUCAAUUUGAUUCUGAUAAAUGACAAAUGUUUAAUUGUGAUUAUCAUAAAGAAAAUUCCUACCGUAUUAUAUCAUGUUUAGGACGCUAGCAUAGAUAGGACGCAGGCAAAAAAAUCGUUGAGAAAACGGGUAAAACCCCUUAAUAUAUAAGAUAGGACGCAGCGGAAAAAUGUCAAAAUCGGAGCCGAAAAAUUGAGGUUGGUAAAGUAUUUAUAACAUAUAUUGAAGUAAAAAAAUAAACAAAAAUUGUAUAAAAGGCAUAUUUUGGUAAGUGUCUAGUGUAUUUCGAUAAUUAUCGUCGUAUUUCGGUAAUUAAACAUACACAACAAUGAUAUAUGUCUUGACAUUUUGAGAACAUUCACGCAUAAUAUAAGACUUAUACAAAUGCUGUAAUAGACUAGUUCUGACUGACAGUCAACCGUUGCAACCGUUGCAACCGUUGCAUCUCCGGACAUGCCCUCGGAAUGACAGUCAACCGUUGCAACUGUUGCAAAACUGUGUAUUGUCAAAACUAAUGAUUGUUUUGAUAAGGCUUGUCGCUGCGCGGAUUAAAGCAUGUCAGCAUAAUUAUUGCGUGUCGGUAAUUAGCCUUGCCAGCAGAAGGCACCUCGGGUAAAGUGCGAACAAACAACAAUACGGUAUUACCAUCGCAAUAGUUCGUUCUAUUGAUGUUUUUCUAAUGACAGACAGCCAUUGUUUUUCACACCUUCGCACAUUUGAAAAGAUUUGAUAGUGACAAUAAUGCUACUUUGCGUUAUGCACAUUCCUUUAUUAUUACUUUUUAAAACAGUAACAUACAGCAAAAUGUUUUGUAAAAUAUCGAAACAUUAAAAUCAUGAACAACGAUUAAUUGAUAAAUACCUCCUUUCCUGAUUUUCCGUUGCCGUUAUAACUCAAUCCAGUUAAAGUGCUGACUCACAUCGAGUUUUUGUGAGUAGCGUCCCUUUUGUAAAAAAGUAAACACUCGUGUUUGUUUUCAAUUUAUUUUUCAAUAAAUCAUUUUAAAGUAAACUUUCAAUAUAUUUCUGCGUGUGUUAACUUGCAUGAUUUAACCUAUGUCAGUUGUUCACUUCGGUGACGCAGUACAGAUACUUACUAUUACCGCGUUCUUCCCCGGUCCGAUAUUUUCGACCUGAAAUGAACUUGGAAAAAAACAGAUGAAAUUCUAAUAGCAUAGAAAGGACGCAGGCAAUUUUUAAGACGAUAAUUGGGGGUAAAAAAGUGCGUCCUAUGCAUGAUAUAAUACGGUAUAUAAAGUCUGAAAAUUCUUCCAAAAAAAAACGUCGUGCAAAUUAUUGAAACACAAAAUUAGUGUAAUUUGCUUAAUCCUGUUAUAAGGGAUUUAAGGAAUUUUGCGAAAUUGGGGCCAGGCUAAAAACAUAUACAUUAUAAUAACAUAUACAUGUUGUUUGCUUUUAUUUAUUUACUGUUCAGGGUGAAGUCAUUGUCUCUAUAUCUUCGAUAUAGGAGAAUAACUCACAAAAAUUUAUUGUGUUUCAACAUAUUCGUCGGUUGAUCUCACUUCUUAUGUAAAGUUUGACUCUAUUCACAUUAUUUACUUAAAAUAUGGUUCUUUUUCGCAUUUGUCAGUUUUGUGUUGUAGUUACAUUUAUCGAUAAAUAAUCAUUUAAGAAAUGCACAUAAGGCUCGAUAGGUUGAUAUGAGGCCCCGCUGGCAUAAUAUGAGGCCCCGCUGGUUUAAGAUAUGGCCCCGCUUGUACCAAUGACUAAUGUCAUUUAAAAAAUGCAUAUUAGGCCCCACUAGUAUAAUAUGAGGCCCUGCUGGCAUAAUAGAGGCCCCGCUGGUAUAAUAUGAGGCCACAAAGGUACAAUAAAUUUGAUGUUAUUUUUUAAUGAUUGAUCUUGUUAGUUGAGGCCCUGCAUGUAAAAUACAUCUAAACACCAAUUUUUAUUUUAUUUUUAUUAAUUGUUCUUUGUGGUUAUGAUUUUUUUGAAAUCGUCAAUAUGAAGAUUUUUUUCCUUUGUUACUUUUUUUCAAGAGCAAUAUAAUAAAUUUGUUUUGCAAUAUUAAAACACAGAUGUGCUCAAAAUUCUAUGUAUAUAGGAUGAUGUAUUUUUUAAAUGCUCUACAGAAAUUAGGAUCCCAUAGUGAGGACGCAGUCCAAAACGAGUGAAUCCAUUUUCUGUGGAAAAUUACAAAUGUACACUAUUAUCUUUAGUGCAUGCAAUUACUUGUGGACCAAUCAAAAUCAAGUUUAUUUUUUCUUUAUCACAAAAAUGCUUUCGAGCCAAUGAAGUCCGAAAGACAUUUAAGGAAUGUUUUAAAUAGCAGUUUAUGUAAUCCUUAAUAGUGCAGUUGGAAAUGCAUUGAAUAUCUUAUCACAACGGACAUUUCAAUCAAAGGUUUGACUCUCUCCAAACCUUAAAACUUAUACAGUUACAAACAGUCUAUAUAAUUUACAACAUUUGAAGGCCACAGUUAAUAGUUUGUUUGGCGUGUCCAUACCCACAUUUUCAUAGGUAGUUUUAUUUAACUUCCUAAUGCCUAAAUUCUGGUAUGAAAAUUAAAAAAGAAAUUUGAUAGGCGAUUCUAAAAAUACUUCCAGUUUGCAGGUAUUUUUGUGAGUCAACUGGGAAAAACUGAGUCGGUCUGGAAACACCAAAACAACUGUUAAUGUUGGCCGAACAUUUUUGUUAUAUCCUGUAAUUCAAACUAUGAACAGUAAAGAACUAUUGUUUUGAGAUUGUUUUUGCAUAAUUCGAUGUAUGUAUGUAUGUACAACAUUUAUAAUGUUGAUCAAUGACCUUAAAUGUAUUUGUGUAGUCAGAAUAUCUUUCAAAUUGGUUAUAAAUUGUUAUAUGUUGAUUUGUUAUUUAACAUUGGCUGUAAAUAAAUAAAUGAUAGUGCAAUAACUAAUAAAUAAGCAAAUAAUA